AUGUUGGUGAACUACUCCAGUGCCACGGAAUUUUACCUCCUCGGCUUCCCUGGCUCCCAAGAACUGCGCCACAUCCUCUUUGUCAUCUUCCUCUUCCUCUACUCGAUGACCUUGAUGGGAAACUCGGUCAUCAUCGUGAUUGUCUGUGCCGACAGGCGCCUGAAGUCGCCCAUGUACUUCUUCCUCGGCCACCUCUCGGUGAUGGAGGUCCUGAUCACAACCGUCAUCAGCCCCGUGAUGCUCUGCGGGCUGCUGCUGCCGGGGAUGCAGGCGGUGUCCCUGCGGGGCUGCGUGGCGCAGCUCUUCCUGUACCUGGCCGUGGGGACCGCGGAGUUCUCCUUACUGGCAGUGAUGGCCGUGGACCGCUACGUGGCUGUGUGUAACCCUCUGAGAUACAGCGCCGUCAUGAACAGCCACGCCUGCACCAGCCUGGUGGCCUGCUCGUGGGUGUUCGGGUUCCUUUUUCAGAUCUGGCCCGUCUACGCCACGUUCCAGCUGGCUUACUGCAAGGACAACGUGGUGAACAACUUCUUCUGUGACCGAGGGCAGUUGCUGAAACUGUCCUGCGACGACACCCUGUUCACGGAGUUCAUCCUUUUCCUGAUGGCGGUCUUUGUUCUCUUCGGCUCCUUGAUACCCACGAUCGUGUCUUAUACCUACAUCAUCUCCACCAUCCUCCGGAUCCCCUCGGCCUCGGGCCGGAGGAAAGCCUUCUCCACCUGCGCCUCCCACUUCACCUGCGUGGUCCUGGGCUACGGCAGCUGCUUCUUCCUCUACGUGAAGCCCAAGCAAACGCAGGCGUCUGACUACAACAGGACUGUCUCCCUCAUGGUGACUGUGGUGACGCCUUUCCUCAACCCCUUCAUCUUCACCCUCCGGAACGACAAAGUGCUGGAAGUCCUGAGGGACGGGGUGAAGCGCUGCUGCCAUGUGGUGAGGAACUAA